CAAAUUCUUAUUUUAAAAAAAAAAUAUUUAAUAAUACUUAUGUAAUGUAGAUGAAAUAGUGGAAAUGAAUUACUAGAUCAAUUUAUACUUAAAGAAACUCAAGAAUUGAUGUGGAUUCCUUAUGAUAAAUUUAAAAAUAUUAAAUAUCUUGAUAAAGGGGGAUUUGGUACUAUAUAUGAAGCUAUUUGGUCUGAUAAAAAUAUGAAAGUAGUUCUCAAAUGUCUCAACAAUUUAAAUGACUCUGAAAAUUUCAAUGAAUUUUUAGAUGAAUGGAAAAAUCAUUAUAAAUGUAUAGGAUCAAAAAUAAUUGUUCAUUUAUAUGGAUUUACAAAAAAUCCAAAAACUUCAAAUUAUACAGUAGUAAUGGAUUAUGCAGAUAAAGGUAAUUUAAGAAAAUGUUUAACAAAUAUAAUUACAAAUGAUUGGAGAUCAAAGUUGCAUAAAUUAUUUAUGAUUAUUGCUGGACUUCACAAAAUGCAUGAACAAAAUCUUAUUCAUUGUGAUUUUCAUGAUGGUAAUAUUUUGAUUAAUAAGGAUGAAAUUUGGAUUAGUGAUUUAGGAUUAAGUAGACCUGUAAAAUCUUUUUUUAAAGAUGAUGAAAUUUAUGGUGUUAUGCCAUUUAUAGCACCUGAAAUUUUAAGAGGUAAACCUUAUACUCCAGCUAGUGAUAUAUAUAGUUUUUCUAUGAUUAUGUGGGAAUUUACAUCUGGGAUUUCACCAUUUAAUGAUAGAGCAUAUGAUGUUCAACUUAGUAUAAGUAUUUGUGAAGGUGAACGUCCUGAAAUUAUUGAAAAUACUCCACAAUGCUAUAUAGAUUUAAUGAAAAAAUGUUGGGAUGGAGAUCUAUUAAAAAGACCAUCUACAUCAGAAGUUUUAAAUGUAAUUAAAAGAUGGAUUUAUCUUCCUUCUGAAAUGGAAAUUAAAAAUAUUAGUGAAGAGUUAAAAAGUAACAUUAUGGAAUUUAUCAAUGCGCCAAUUGGAUAUAUUAAACCUACUAUGACUGAAUCUCAUCCACAAGCAUAUCAUACAAGUCGUUUGUUUAAUUUUACCAGUAAAAAAUUAAAUGAAAUUUUAGAAAGUGAAUGUUCAGAUUUUACAAAUGAAAAAUCAAAUAAAAUUCUAAAAAGUGAAAGUUUGGAUGAUUGUAUAGUAUAAAGUCAUUAGGAUAUAAAUUAAUGCAAAUGAAAAAUUAUUUAAACACUAAGACGAGGU